AUGAAGAUAGAAGCAAUUGAGAAGAACUGGAAGAUGCAUGGCCUUACACCUCUAUCCAAAUCCUCUUUCAAGGCUCGGUGCUUAAAAAAAUUGAUAAUGGCUCUUCCUUUAGCUUCUCCAGAAGACAUACCAACUUUGUUCCUUAUUAUUGUGCUCCUUAUCCCACCACCUAUGUUCUUAAAAUUAAAUGAUUUUAUGGCUUAUGUUUUUAAGCAAUGGCUAGCAAUAAUAGGGCCAGAAAAUCUCUCAGUUGCGGGUAAGGAUUCUUUACGAACCAACAAUCCCUCAGAAUCGAUAAACAAGUCAAUCAAUAAGUUAUUGGGAUUAAAAAAAAAAUUGUCGCCCAUUUUUUUUACUCGCGCACUUAUUCAAUUUCAAAUUAAAAGUCAAACUCGGGUGAUUUCUAUGUUGAAAAUGAAAAAUGUUCACUUUGAAAAAAAAUUAUCAUCGACUGAGCGGAUCCGAAAUUGUUGAAGCCACGGAAAAUGAAAGAGUUUGUCUUUUGGGGCACCAUCAACGGAACUACCAAUCACACCAACUAUUAUGGAUUAAAUGCUGUUUCUGAAGCUGAUGCAGACAAGCUUAUGAAAAUUGCCGAC